AUGGCUGUACUGGCCCACCUACUCAGGUCAGUACCAGCAGCUCGCAGAGCAUACUCUGUUUUCUCUAAACCUGGCGGUGGUCGUUACUUCAACUCUGCGAAACCUCCCAAGGUUGCGCCUGCUACGACUAAAGGGAAGGUUGACGUAUCCUCGUCCAGCGGCGAUGCUCCUCACAGGGACCAAUCCACACAACAAUCGCCUGGGUCACCUAGCGUUGUAGACGAACAUCCUUUACAAAUCAACACCCUAUCCAUGCCACUGCCAGCGGUUCCUGUCCAUCCCACCUUAAACCCUCAUGAUCUUAAGCUCCACCAAUUCUUUUCUUUGCAUCGACCACUUCUCCUUGUCUCUCAUCCAGUGUCAUCGGUAUUUGAAUCUGCGUCACAAUUUCUGACGAGCUCAGCGGCUCCGAGGUCGCAAGCGUUAAUUUUGGAUGGUUAUGAGGGGUCACCUGAAGCAUCCCCAGAAGAGGAUGCCGAUGCCGCUCGACAGCUCGCAAGAGCUCUGGUUAUUAAUCGAGUGGGCCCAUCCUUGUUAUGGGAUGACACGCUUCAAACCUUGGGACUGGAUAUGGCGAAGGGGCGAGCAGAAGAGGUUAAACUGGCGGAGACUGAGUUUGAGGUGUACAUGGACAGCACAAAGAGGAAGCGCAGAAAGAAGAUGAAGAAGCACAAACUCAGGAAACGGAGACGGCUCUCUCGAGCUCAACGGGUUAAGAUCGGCCGGUGA